AUGCAUUGUGCUGAGGAUGAUCUUCACUACUUCUCUGCUGGUAAUGAUUCACUCGAAGUUCCAGAAUCGGUGAGCGCCGGCGUAGCAGGACACCAGUCUACCCCGGAGUUUGAAAUAUUUUUUCCUGACGAUUUCGGCUUCAACUUGGAGGGCGAUCCCAGCUAUGGAGACGCCAUGAUGGAUGGCUGUACAGACUCUCCCUUCUUCAGCAACUCACAGCGCACAUUCUCAGUAUGCCCUACAAGGGCAGUGGACGAGCCCAGCUGGCUAUUCACCAAUGCUGAUGGCGCACUGUCCCCCUCUGCGGCGGCGCCCAGCGAGGGCAGCCACGCCAGCCAGACGUUCACGAACAUGUUUGAUCUCGAAUUGGAUAACAAGGGGCAGCUCCACUUGUCCAAGACCUUCAAUGAACUUGAAUCUCCUACGGGUGCCCUUCAGUUCAUCGAGGGGCUAGAUCCGCGCGGGACAGAACCAGACUUUAGCAUAGCGGGCGGCGGCGACAAGAGGUCUUCGUCAUUCAGCGUGGUACUAGUUGCGGAGGAAUGUGACCAUGAGCUGGUCAAAUAUCUCAUCGAUGUCACCAAACCAAUCAAGGGAAGGGUAAAGAUGGAAGUUGUCAUGUGA